CUCUCUCUCUCUCUCUCUCUCUCUCUCUCUCUAUAUAUAUAUAUAUAUGUUGAUUUCACAUAGAGAACAUCGGAUCGGAGAGAAAAAUGGUUAAGAACAAUUAUUUGGCAAUGAAGACGACGGGUUCAACAACUUCAACGGAGUUGAUAAGUUCUGAUCUGCAAGAUCUGGGGAACGCCGCAAAGAAGUUCGCAAGUCAUGCCAUCAUGCUCACUUCUGGCCUCGGUCUGGGCUCUGUUCUUCUUCAAUGGAUAGCUUCAAUCGCUGCUAUUUAUUUGUUGGUUUUGGAUCGAACAAACUGGAGGACCAACAUUCUUACCGCACUUUUAAUCCCAUACAUUUUCUUCAGUCUUCCUUCAUUAGUGUUCAGCUUGCUCAGUGGAGAGAUUGGAAAAUGGAUUGCUUUCAUCGCUGUGGUAUUGCGUCUCUUCUUCCCCAAACAUUUUCCUGAUUGGCUAGAAAUGCCAGGAGCAUUGAUUCUCCUCAUCGUGGUAGCUCCAAGCUUGAUUGCUGAUACACUGAGGGACAGUUUUAUCGGUGCUGUAAUAUGUCUUGCCAUCGCAUGUUACUUGCUUCAAGAACACAUCCGAGCGUCAGGUGGGUUCAGAAAUUCCUUCACGAAGAGUAGUGGUGUCUCCAACUCCGUUGGCAUAAUCAUUCUUCUAGUCUAUCCUGUCUGGGCUUUGUUUAAUGACUUUCUAUAGGCACCCCUCUCUCGCAGCUUUGUUGUGUGCAUUUCUAAAACAAAAUUUUUCUUUUUUUUUUUUUUGGUGUGUGUGUGUGUGUGUUUGAUUGGUCAAUUUGUUGGCAAAAAACUGUCUGGACCUAAUGAUUGUUAUGAUCGUGUAUACUGUAUGUUGAUCUUUCUGUCUAAAAAUUUGCAUUUGCCAAAGAA